AUGAGUGGAAUCUUGAAGCUUAAAGUUGGUAGACAGAAGCCAUACGACAGAGACAAUUUAAAGAGGGCUUAUCAAGCUACAUUAUCUGGUGUUUCUGUAUAUCAUGCCUCCAGGGUUUAUAAGGUGCCCGAGUCCACACUGAGAGACAGAACUAGGAAUAAUGUAUCAGUAGAUUGUACACUUGGUGCAGCAAGAUUAUUUUCUGAUGCUGAAGAGAAAAUGUUAGUGGAACAUAUAGUGCAUAUGUCCAAGAUUGGUUAUGGAUACUGCAUAACUGAUUUGCAGAAUGUAGCGGCAGAUUAUGCUCGUUCAAUUGGGAAGUCAGUAAGGGCAAAGGCAGGCCUGAGUCAAGAAUGGGUGUACUCUUUUCUGUCACGAUGGGAUGAGCUUAAAGUCGUAAAGCCUCAAAAGCUAUCCCUUAACAGGGCUAAAGCUGCAUCUGAUGAAACAAUACAAGCAUACUUCUCAGAAUUAGAGACUAUUCUUCUUGACAAUAAUCUAAUGAAUUCUCCAGAGAGAAUUUACAAUGUUGAUGAAUCGGGGUUCUCCACAGAGCACACAUCCCCUAAGAUUAUUUGUGGUACAGAUAUUAAACCGCAGUCUAUCACCUCUGAACGGUCAAAGACUGUGACAGUUAUAGGUGCUGCCAAUGCGGUCGGCAACCAUGUGCCGCCAUUUUACAUAUUUCCGGGUAAGAGGUGGUAUGAUAGUCUGUUACAGGGUGCUGCUCCAGGAUCUGAUGCAGGAAUGUCCGAGAGUGGAUUUGUAAACAGGAAGUUAUUUGAAACUUACCUCACUAGACACUUUGCAAAGCAUGUAGGGCUCUCUAGGGGUCAGGACUUGCCUAAAACUCUCAUAUUGUAUGAUGGACACAAGUCACAUUUUUCACUUACACUAACAAACUGGGCAAAAGAUUACAAUGUAUUAUUAUUUGUGCUACCCCCUCACUCGAGCCACAUCACACAACCUCUUGAUGUAGGCAUAUUCGGGCCAAUGAAAUCUUACUAUUACCAUGAAUGCAAGUCGUAUAUGCACUCAAACCCUGGAGAAAAUAUUACUAGGUAUGAGGUUGCUCAGCUAACUGCAAAGCCCUAUGCACGAGCUUUCUCCUGA